CAUUCCCUUCGAACUCACCACCACAAGGAGCAAUCCAGAAAGAUCUCCCACCCUGAUCUCUCUGUGAAUCUCCCACCACAGAGAAAGAAAGACAGAGAUGGCAUCCAAGGUCUUCCCUUCCCUUUUGGUGGCAAUGGUGCUCAUCCAGUGCGCCGCCGCCUGCUACCCUUCCUGCGAACACCCCCCCGUCUACAAGCCCCCCGUCUACAAGCCACCUGUGGUCAAGCCUCACUACCCAGCCUACCCACAUUGCCCGGUCGACGCCUUGAAGCUCGGCGUCUGCGUCGACCUGCUCCACGGCCUGCUCAACCUGGUCAUCGGCCACCCGCCGAGUGGCUCCGACUGCUGCCCCCUCAUCAAGGGCCUGGUCGACCUCGAGGCCGCUGCUUGCCUCUGCACCGUCAUCAAGGCCGACGUCCUGGGCAUCAAGGUUGACCUUGAUGUCAAGCUCUCCUUGCUCGCCAACACCUGCGGCUGCUCCAUCCCCGCCGGAUACAAGUGCCUUUAAGCGUCCAGUACUGCUCGGUUUCUUCCUGAUUCUUACCAUCUUAAUUAGCUAGGCCGCGUAGUUCUGGACCUGUUGUUUGAUUCUUCAUGUGGUUGGUGCUCUUUGGUGUGGUUCCAAUAAAGUACUUCCAUGAAGUCUGUACCAACAAACUGUUCGUUUCUGUCUAGCUAUCUUGUGUUUUUUUUUUUUCUUUUUUUAUGGUGAAUUCAAUUUGGUUGUUUCAUAAGUUCGGAGCCGGGAGUCCGGUUGAUUCAAUCUGAAGAAUGUUAUCCGACGAUAGAGUGUAAUGUUUUGAGCUUCAAGCUUGUUAAUUUAUGGGAUAUUUGGAAGUUGUAAA